AUGAGUAACAUUUACAUUCAGGAACCACCCACAGCGGGGAAGGUGCUGCUGAAAACAUCCGUAGGUGAUAUCGACAUUGAGCUUUGGUCGAAGGAAUGUCCGAUGGCUUGUCGGAACUUUAUUCAGCUGUGUCUAGAAGGCUACUACAACGGGACGAUAUUCCAUCGUGUCGUGAAAGGCUUCAUCGUACAGGGCGGUGAUCCGAACGGCGAUGGCACAGGAGGCGAAUCGGUGUAUGAACACCCGUUCAAGGAUGAGUUCCACUCCCGGCUGCGCUACGUUCGCCGAGGGCUGGUUGGUAUGGCGAACUCUGGUAAAAACGAUAACGCUUCGCAGUUCUUCUUCACCUUGGGACCCACGCCGGAACUGCAGAAUCAGAACACACUCUUUGGCAAAGUGGUAGGCGAUACGAUAUACAACAUGCUAAAGCUGGAAGAAGGCGAAGUGUAUGAAAACGAACGACCUCACUUUGCCCAUCGCAUCAUACGCACGGAUGUGCUUAAUAAUCCGUUCGAUGAUAUUGUUCCGAGGCGAUUGGCCGUCGCCGGCGAUAAAUCGAGGGAGGAAGGCGAAAGCUCUAAAAAGAAGAAAAAAGGAGUCAAAAACUUUGGUCUGCUAUCGUUUGGCGAUGAGGCGGAAGAGGAAGAGCUGGAAGCUAAUGUGUUCGUACAGAAGAAUGGCCCCGGGCGUGGAAAGUCCUCACACGAUGUGCUAGAUGAUCCGAAGCUUAGCAAGCAAACGAGCAUUUCUUCUGCUGAAGAAUCGAAAAAGCGGCAGCGUUCCCCCGACAGUCGAGACCAUUCUUCGGCUGACGAAGAAGAGCUAAGCUCCAGCUAUGGCCGUUCAAAAGCGACACAAGCUGAACAAGACGACUUGAACAAUGUGCGAGAAAAGCUGAAGCGUAAAGCGGACGACAAACGUAAUGAAAAAUCGGUCCCGGUUCCGGAUGCAAACGAAUCUGACUCCGAUUCCGAUUACGAGUUAGAUGGUGACAGGAAGAAGGAAAAGCGCGAACAGGCGGAAAAGAUUCGGCAAGAAAUCAGCCAGCUGAAGCGUGACUUUCACUCGAGUAAACGAUCCAAGGACAAAUGGAAGGAAAGAGAACAGCUAAAGGCAUCCAAAAAGACGUCCCGUAAUGAGGUGAUGAACGAGGUGCUAAAGGUGCAGGAAGAAUACUCGCAGAAGACUAAGCAGCUGCCUAAAAAGGGUAGUUCCCGGGAGAAUUUUACGAUGGAGCUGUUGCAAAAGUUUAAAUCGAAGCUUUAUUCCGCUCACGAACGGGACGAGGUACCGACUGGAACGACUACCGAAGCCGACGAAGAGGAGGACAUUCGGGGAGACAAUUGGCUUGCUCACCGGUUGGAAUUUGAAAAGAAGGAUCCCAUCCUAGCGAAAGAUGCAGCCACAAAGGACGACGACUGGUACGACGUGUACGAUCCGCGCAAUCCGCUCAACAAGCGCAAGCGGGGCGAGAAAAUUGAUCGUUCGCAGAAGCCACGCAAAUAAAACGGACCAAUUGGCGUGUACGGAGAAAAA